UCCCGCGUCACGUGGCCCGGGGAAAGGGGGGCGGUCGCGGGCCGCGCUGGGUUCAGUUGUCAGUGUGUGUGGUGGCGGCCGCGGCGGUGGAGACUCAGAGUUCUACCUUGUAAAUACUGUUAUUUGUAUAUACUGUAAAUGAUGACCUCGGUGGGCACCAACCGGGCCCGUGGAAGCUGGGAGCAGACACAGAAUCAGGCACAGCACAAGCAGAGGCCACAGGCCACUGCAGAGCAGAUCCGGCUCGCACAGAUGAUAUCGGACCACAACGAUGCUGACUUUGAGGAGAAGGUGAAACAACUGAUUGACAUCACGGGCAAGAACCAGGACGAGUGUGUGAUCGCCCUUCACGACUGCAACGGGGAUGUGAACAGAGCCAUCAAUGUCCUCCUGGAGGGGAAUCCGGACACGCACUCCUGGGAGAUGGUCGGAAAAAAGAAGGGCAUUUCGGGGCAGAAAGAGAGCGGACAGACAGAACCCAGCGAAGAAGGCAAAGAAAACCGAGAGCGAGAGAGGGAUUUCAGCCGACGACGGAGUGGCGGGUUGCCAAGAAGGAGCCGGGGAGCAAGCCGUGGCAGAGAGUUUCGAGGCCAGGAGAAUGGACUGGAUGGUGGCAAGACAGGUGGAUCGUCCGGAAGAGGCACAGAGCGGGGGCGAAGGGGCCGUGGGCGAGGCAGAGGUGGCUCGGGACGGCGCGGGGGAAGGUUCUCGGCCCAAGGCAUGGGGACGUUCAACCCCGCCGACUACGCAGAGCCGGCCAGCACGGAAGAAGGGUAUGGGAACAGCACCAGCAACACGUGGAACAACACGGGGAGCUUUGAGCCGGACGACGGGACGAGUGCGUGGAGAACCGCGACGGAGGAGUGGGGGACCGAGGACUGGAAUGAAGAUCUUUCAGAAACCAAGAUCUUCACCGCGUCCAACGUCUCUUCCGUGCCUCUGCCGACGGAAAAUGUGACCAUCACCGCUGGGCAGAGAAUCGAUCUGGCCGUGCUCUUAGGAAAGACCCCGUCUUCUCUGGAGAACGAGUCCCCCAGCCUGGAUUCCUCGCAGGCGCCCGCCCUCAGCCAGCCGCUGGUGUUCAGCAACUCCAAGCAGAACACCAUCGCCCAGCCGACUUCGGGGAGCACCUUCUCCCACCACGGCAUGGUGAGCAUUCUGGGGAAGGGGUUCAGCGACGUCGGGGAGGCCAAGAGCAGCGGCACUGCUGCCGCCGCCGCCACCACCACGACCACCACCGGCUCGCAGUUCCUGGAGCAGUUCAAGACCGCUCAAGCCCUGGCCCAGCUGGCAGCGCAGCACCCCCAGCCUUCCGGGAGCGGCAGCGUGGCGGCCUCCUGGGAGAUGGGCGCCGGGAGCCAGCCCUCGCCUCUCGUGCAGUACGACCUGAAGAACCCGCCGGAGACGGCCGUGCACACCCCCUUCGCCAAGCGCCAGGCCUUCCCGCCGGCCUCCGCCAUGAUGGAAGUGUUCCUGCAGGAGAAGCCGCCAGCCGGGGCGGGUCCCGUCUCGGCCGCCCCGCCGCCUCCUUCCUCCCCCCUGGCCAGCAAAACCAACCCCGUCCCCCAGAUGUCUCCGGGCUCCUCCGAUAACCAGUCCUCCAGCCCUCAGCCAGCCCAGCAGAAGUUGAAGCAGCAGAAGAAGAAAACCUCCUUGACGUCAAAGAUUCCCGCCCUGGCCGUGGAGAUGCCCGGAUCGGCAGAUAUUUCGGGGCUGAACUUGCAGUUCGGAGCUUUGCAAUUUGGCUCGGAGCCCGUCCUCUCGGAGUACGAAUCGACGCCGGCCACGAGCGCCUCCGUGAGCCAGUCUCCGGGCAGCCUGUACACAAGUCCUGCAAGCGAGUCUCUGUCCACGAUUUCGUCCAACAAGAGUCAGGAGUCGGGUUUUCAGAGCAGCACCGUGCCUACAGCAACAUAUACCUCCCAGAACAGCGCUCAGGGACCCCUGUACGAGCAGAGAUCCACUCAGACCCGGCGGUACCCGAACUCCAUUUCCUCGUCGCCCCAGAAAGACUUGACCCAGGCCAAGAACGGCUUCAGCUCGGUGCCCCCCACGCAGUUGCAGACCGCACAGACGGCUGAAGGUCCCGCCGGCCCUGCUGUGAAAUCCGACUCCCCCUCGGCCCCCAGCAUCAGCACCCCUCUCGCCGACGCGGUGUCGGCGGCCUCGUUGCUCACCACGGCCACCCAGCACCCCUCUGUGCUCAGCGGCCUGAACCACACCGAGGAGCUCCCCAGCACGGCCACCACGCAACACAGCAGCACAUUACCCGCCCCACAGAACAGUCUCUCCUCCUCAACUUCCACCGGACGCACGUCAACCUCCACGCUCUUGCACACCAGCGUCGAGAGCGAAGCCGGCCUCCAUUCUUCCUCAAGCACUUUCUCCACCUCCUCCAGUACCGUCUCGGCCGCCCCGCCUGUGGUCAGCGCCUCCUCCAGCCUCAGCAACGUCAGCAGCCUGGGCUUGAGCCUCAGCAGUAACUCCACGGUGACGGCCACCACCCGCAGCUCCGUCGCCACGACGUCAGGAAAGGCUCCUCCCAAUUUGCCUCCCGGCGUGCCGCCCUUGCUGCCUAACCCCUACAUCAUGGCCCCGGGGCUGCUGCACGCCUACCCGCCACAGGUUUAUGGCUACGACGACCUACAGAUGCUUCAGACAAGGUUUCCCUUGGACUACUACAGUAUCCCGUUCCCCACGCCGACCACCCAGCUGACCGGGAGGGAUGCGAGCUUAAGCAGCAACCCUUACUCUGGCGACCUCACCAAGUUCGGCCGAGGCGACGCCUCCUCCCCGGCGCCGGCGACCACCCUGGCGCAGCCUCAGCAGAACCAGACCCAGACUCACCACACCACCCAGCAGACGUUCCUGAACCCAGCCUUGCCGCCUGGCUACAGCUACACCAGCCUGCCCUACUACACCGGAGUCCCCGGGCUGCCCAGCACCUUUCAGUACGGACCAGCGGUGUUCCCCGUGGCUCCUACUACUUCCAAGCAACACAGCGUGAAUGUCAGCGUGAACGCCUCGGCCACUCCCUUCCAGCAGCCCAGCGGUUAUGGGUCCCAUGGAUACAGCACGGGCGUGUCGGUAACAUCCAGUAACACGGGAGUGCCAGACAUCUCUGGCUCAGUUUACUCCAAAACACAGCAGUCUUUCGAGAAGCAGGGAUUCCACACCGGGACCCCGGCGGCCUCGUUCAACCUGCCCUCGGCUCUGGGCAGCGGCGGCCCCAUCAACCCCGCCACGGCGGCGGCCUAUCCGCCCGCCCCGUUCAUGCACAUCCUGACCCCCCAUCAGCAGGCCCACUCCCAGAUCUUGCACCACCACCUGCAGCAGGAUGGACAGACACGGAGUGGCGUCCAGCGCAACCAAGGGAACUCCAUCCCGCAGAAAUCCCAGGCCAACAAGUCGGCCUACAACAGCUACAACUGGGGCGCCAACUGAGCGAGAGCGGAGAGAGGCUUCGAGGCGGCUCCUCCACACUUCCACCGAGAGACGGAUCGAAGAGCGACGGCGACCGAAGCAAGAAGGAAGACCUCUGUUCCUCCCCCCUCAACCACCACCUGGGGGGGAGGGUUUGGAAAAGUCCUCUCCCCUCCCCUUCCCCACGGCACGGCCCUCCAGCGCCAGCCGGCUCGGCCGGCCAGAUCCUGCACUCUUUCCCUCCUCUUCCCAGCCACCUUCCCCCUAUUGUAUGUAAUAUAGAAUUUGUAUCUUUCAUUUCCCCCCCCCAACCUUUCCUUUUCUCUGUUUAUUUCUCCUCUGCAUUCAUUCAAAUUACGAGCCGUUCAGCCGUAGGGGCCUUUUUUUGUUUUGUUUUUGCUUUUGUUUUCUACUCCUUUUACUCCUUCUCUUACCUUCCUCUCCCCUGCACCCUCCCCCCUUUGCCAGAAAUGACCCUGUUCCUCUUCUCUCCCCCCCCCGGCGGAUCCAAAGGAGACAACAGCUGGAAUACCCUUUCCGCCUUCCUACAGUGCCCCCCGAUCCUUUAUUAUUAGGAAUAAGAACAGUAAUUGAUAUGAACAGCGUUGUAAGAUUAAUUAGUUGAAGUGUUUUUUUUUUGUACUGUGUUCUAAAUUUAAUGGAUAAAUGUGUCUUGUAUAUAAAAACGAAAACCCCA